AUGUCGGCCUACAACCGAGAUGUCGUCGUCAACUGCCUCAAGAGGCAUUACGAGCUGCUGGUGCGCAUGGGCUACAUGGACAUCUCGGCCGUCGAGCUGCCCCCCGCCGCCGGCUGGGCCGACUCGGAGCUCCGCGUCGACGCGCUCCGGGCCAUGGGCCGCUCCGAGGCCGUGAUCGACCUGCUGCGGCACAUUCCCUACGUCCGCGAGAACGAGGACGCCGACCCCGUCGAGGUCUACACCGAGACGUUCCCUCUCCGGUACCUGCGCGGCGGGCGGUGGUUCGGCGGCAACCCGGGGGAGGAUCUCGGCACGACGCCGCUCCUGGAUCUCGGGUUCGCGCCGUUUGACGGGCCCGUGCCGGCGGACAUGGUGUCGUUGACGCACGCAGACGAAGGCACUUGGUGGUUGAUUGACACCAAGGAAGGAUGCAUCUAUCCUUACGGCACCGAGUUCGACAAGAGCGAGGAUCAGGUCCCCGAGGAUCAGCAGUGGCUCGCCGUCGACCCGAUGCCCAUUCAGGCCUACUUCGACAAGAUCUACGCCCAGGUCGGCAACUUGGAGGUGGUCCCGGCGCCCCGCUCCGGCAAGUGGGAGGCCAGAGUCGUGGAGGAGUACACCGAGGAGGGCCAGGAGGUCAAAAGGCUGUACGCAGAGUACGGGUGGCCGGAUGCGUUCCGCAGGGAGGAGUUCAUCCAGGCCGUCGAGAGGACGCGUGCGGCGGCCAUCGAGGCGGCGCUCGGGGAUGAUGAUGAUGCCGAGGACGAUGAGAUGACUGGCUAG